AUGGAUGACCAUUCUCCUCAUGCCUCUGAGCUUUGUCUUUGUCAUGAAUUUAAACCUACUGUUCAUAAUACAGUUCCCAGGGCCAAAAGGCUGUUGGAUUCCACAGAGCAGGUUCAGGCCUUGCAGUCAGCUAAGAAAGCUUGUGUGUUGAGUCAUCACUACAGCACUCCAGAUCCAUCAGAGAAACUGCUGCUCUGUUCCCCAGGUUCUGCCUGCUUUCAAGGAUCUUCUCAUUUUCUGGAUGAUCCUGGCCAUGAAGACCUUGUUGACAGUUCUUCUGCAUCAAAAUACGAUGAUGUAGCCAUUUCUCUAGAUACAACCAGAUGUUUUGAUGAUAGCGAGCCAGAUGACUCCUUGUUGGAACUGUCAGACAGUGAAGGAGGGAAUUCUCCUUUCAAUUACACCGAGGAAGAGAUCCAGGAAAUCUUGGCAGAUGAUUGCGUGGAAUCUGAGUGGAACCUCACUAGAAAAAGCACUCUGAGCCAGAAUGUAAACGGAGAGAGCGAGAAGGACGAGAGCAGCAGCUGUGCUGGGGCAUCAGUCAGCAGUGAAGAUUCAAAUGUAGCCUCAAAGAUCACAGAGCAACCAAAUGUACCUCUGUCCAGGGAGUGUUCCUCACUCCAUUCAGAAUGUUAUCCUAGUGCUUGUUUGGAGGAGAACCAUCUGCAGUCGGCCCAAAUAACUUGCAUGUUGUUUGACCUUGACAUUCAGGAGCUUCUGAGCCUUAGUCCAAUUGAUCCUGAAUAUGUAGAUCAGCCUCUGGAGGACAAUUGUUUGGAGAGAGCUGAAAGAGAAGCUUCAGAAGCCAUCAGAAAUAAUUACCUAGAAUGUGAUCAAACUGCUAGCAGCUGUGUUCUUGAAGAAUCCUCAGAGGAGCUGAUGUCUGAUGGCCAGCAAAGCCUGGGUUUAAGUGAUACAGCUGUAGGCCAGAUUGUGCAGGAAGAGACAACCAGUGGGAAGAAGCCUGGCAAAGUUAUUUCUGUGCCACAGGAGGAGGAAAGGUAAUUUCUUAGACUGAAUCAACAGAUAGGCAUUUUGGAAGUGGAGCUUGAGCAAAAGAAACAUUUAUAUCCAGAGUGUGCACAUCCAUAUGAAGAUAACAGUAGCUCCUACACCAAAUAUUACCUAAGGUCCAACAAGAAACCUACCCAAAGGUACAGCCUUACGCAGUGGGUGAGCAAGAACUUGGCCAAACAUCACUAUUUCCAGAGCAUCCCUGACCACUUCCAACGUAGCCCUGCAACAGCCUUUUCUAAUGUCUGA